AUGAAAGAUUUAUUGGUUCAGCUCGAGGAUUUACCUGAUGAAAUUCUUAUGUAUAUAUUUAAAAAAUUGUCCAAUGAUGAAGUGCUUUAUUCUUUAACGGAUGUUAAUCAACGACUCAAUAGAAUUGUACAUGAUACAAUAUUUACUCGUUAUUUAUGUUUACUAGAAUAUUGUGCAGACGACAAUUCUACCUAUCCAUUACCAGAUCCAAUACUUGAUCGAUUGUGUUCAAAAAUUUUACCUGCAAUUGGACACCAAAUUGAAAGUCUUUUUCUUGAACGAACAUCGAUAAAACGUGUUCUUCAUGCUACAAAUUAUCCUCAUUUAGUUGAUCUUGGUUUAUGUAAUUUUCACUUCGAAGACGCUAUGUCUCUGUUUUUUGAUCAAAAUCCUUUAGCUCAUAUAUUCAAGAAUCAAAUUUCAUCGCUCUUUAUCAGUUUUGGUACUGGAAACAAUUCGUUUCCAUUGGAAAGUAUCUAUUCACUUAUAUUUUCAUUAAUUUUGGCCAACUUUACUAAUUUACGAUGCUUAAAAUUCAAUUCAUCUUUAUCUUUUAAUGACACUACAACUUUUCAUGUGCCAGAUGAAACUACUAUCUCUUCAACUUUAUUAGAAUUACAUGUCAGUGUGGCAGAUAUGACAGACUGUAUGUGUAUGCUCGAUGGCCGUUUUGAUCAACUUCGUGUAUUUUAUAUUACUGUUUAUAGUAGUCUGCCGAGGUCUCUCAACUUUGAACAUGAGCAAAAGCUAUUACCAAACUUACGGAUUUUUUCUUUUUGCUGCAAGGAGAAGAUAAAUAAUUUUGAUGAAUCAAUUGUGCCACUUCUACGUCGAAUGUUAAAUUUAGAAGAACUUGAUUUAAAUAUUAUAGUUAAAUCUAAUGAAAAAUUUAUUGAUGGUGAUACAUUGAAGAAAGAUAUUAUUAUUUAUAUGCCACGAUUAUAUAAAUUCACAUUUAAUAUCUGUUCAACCAUUGAUCAUCGUAAUCAAACUAAUUUCCAGUUAAAUAAACAUAUUGAGAAAACAUUUAAAUAUUUUUCUAAUAAUCAAAUCAUAACUUGUAUUGAUCAUUUUCAAGAAGAAGGAUAUAGUCAAUGUCAUAUUUAUUCAUAUCCAUAUAAAUUGAAAGUUUACAAGAAUAUAACAAAUAAUUUUCGAGGUGGAUUAUUUACCAGUGUUACUCAAGUAUCAUUAUAUGAUGAACGUCCAUUUGAACAUGAAUUUUUUCUUCAAAUUCAAAAAUCGUUUCCAUUUUUGAAAGAAUUAACAAUAAAAAAUCGAAAAGCACAAAAUAAUAAACAAUAUAUAAAAUCAAAUAACGAUAAUCAAGUAUUGUCAAUUAUUGAAUAUCACAAACUUACUCGACUUGAUCUUACUAACACUCAUGAUGAUUAUGUUGAACUAUUUUUAUUUGAUACGAAAAUGUCUUUGCCAAAUAAUCUUCAUCUUUGUGUCGAUUAUCAAAUAUUGGAAAGAGUGACAUACUAUUUUACAAGAUAUAUAUCACGAAAUAAUUGUGAAAAACUUGCUGCUCUAUAUUGUUAUCCAGUGGAUCGAAUCGAUGAACGUGUCCAAAACUAUUUUCCUCUUACAUGUAUCCACCGUGCCGUUGAUUUUGUAAUAUCUAAAUAA